GUGAGCCUGUGAAACUCUUGUAAACCAAAGAGAGAAAUGAAUAACUUGGAAUCUCCUGAUAAUGCCAACACCCGUGAUCAGGAAGGUAGUUUCAGAGCGCCACCGGAGAUGUCAUCAACCCCACCAACAAUAUCGACCUCCACGCCUGCUCCAGACAUGAUUCAAGCGAUGGUCUCAGCAUUCCGAAUAGCGUUAAUGACGAAUUUUACGCUAGCACCGUCCUCCAGUACCAAACCUAAGGUUAAAUUCCUUGCACUAGAAAAGUUUGUUCCGCGGAAAUCGUUCACAUUGUGGGAGGAACAAUAUCGCCGCUACAUAGAGCAGUUUGACCAAGACCAUAGAGCUAGCGCUAUUAUCUGUUUGUUGUCAAUACCCGCACUGAAAUGCCUCAAGCUAGCUGGCGUUGACAUCGACCUGACGAUGGGAGUUGAGGAGCUAUUCACAGCCAUGCGUCGAGCAUUUGUGCCGCAUACCCAUGUUCUCGGGCAGCUGGCUGCCUUCCACUAAACAAAACAAAACUAAAAUUGUAUGAACUGUGAUCAAAAAAUUCUUGACCUCAGACUUCCAAAAUUUGUCUACUCUUGUCAAAAUAUAUGUAAAUAUAUAUACUUAUUGAUAGCUGUUUCUUGAUUCAUAUUUAAAACAAGAGAUGUACUUUUAUAUAUAAACAUACAAUUCUAUUUAUUCAUUUAUUAUACAUGUUGAUACCUGUUGCAUGACUCAUG